UGUCAUGAGGAGGACCACCAUGAAAAGUGCAAGCAAAAUUCACGUUUUCUCAGUCGUUCUUCAGAAACAGUUAAGUGAAGCCAACCACAAUUGUGUUGUAAUUUAAUAAAAGAAAUCAAGUGGCCCCCACAUCAAAAACAAACUGCGCAAAAUGUCCAACCCAUCGAAUGGACUAUCCACCAAACUGCUGGUCAGUAUCGGCAUUGGUGUUGGCGUAACAGCGAUAUCAAGUGCCACUUACUUAUAUUACAAAUACUGGAAGCAAGAUGUUAUGCCAGAAGAAUGGCAACGAGUGGGAACAUUGGAAAUGUUGGAAUUCUUCCCAUUGAAAUCUUGUGCACGACUCAAAAUACCAGAUGGCACCGAACUAGAUUGUGACGUGCUUGGCCUACGCUAUCAGGGUUUUCUUGAUCGCGCACUAAUGCUAGUGGACAGUACUGAUGUAAUGAUAACGGCUCGUGGCUAUCCUAAAAUGGUACUCAUCACUUCGACACUGGUAACACCCACAAAGCUUGACAUCAAUGCACCCGGCAUGGAUACAUUGGAAUUAGAUUUUAAAAAGCUCGUCAAAGAAGCACCGGGUAUAAAUAUACACACAGCAGUGUUUGGUGCCAAAUUAGAUGCUACGUUGUGCGGUGAAAAAUAUGACAAAUGGUUUUCACAAUAUAUAUUAGGUCAGGAAAGUGGAUUGAAGCUUGUCUAUUAUCCAUAUCGCAAGCCGUUUAAGCCAAUUGACAAGGAUUUGGCCAACGAACCACAUAUCACAAAAUCAGAUACGGGUGCCUUCGCGGAUGCCACCAGCUACAUGCUGAUGAAUUUAUCCUCUGUUGAUGAUCUCAAUAAAAGACUACCACGCCCGGUACAGUCGAUUCAAUUUCGUGGCGGUUUCUAUUUGAAAAUGGAUAAAAGUGAACCUUAUGCUGAGGAUGCCUUUGAAUGGAUUAAAGUUGGCAAUGAAGCAGUGUUUCGUAAAGUGGCACCAUGUCGUCGUUGCAUUUUGCCAAACAUCAAUCCAGAGACUGGCGAGCGCGACCCAGAGAAUAACCCUUUAAAAACGCUUAAGACGUAUCGUUGCUUUGAAAACAAACCGAGUCCUGUUCUUGGCAUACAUCUAGGUUUACGUAAGGCAGGAAAAGUAAAGCGAGGAGAUGUGAUUUACUGUGGCGUGCAAAAGUAGUUGAGAUUUAUUUGAUUUUGGACUUGUUCGAGUUGCGAUGACGACCGUUGUGUUGCACGAAUUUUUAAAGUAUCCCGUUCGAUGAGCAAUUCUGGCAACUUUGGCUAACUCAAAAAUUCAGCACGAUGGUUUCAUCCUUUUCUUUGUAAUUUACCGCAAUAUCCAAAUUAUCAUCAAAAAUAUUUAGAGAACGCUCCAUUAUAUUUUUGUAAACGUUUAUAAGUGCUGAAUACUAUUUUAUUACGUGCCUCGAACGCGCCCUUU